AUGGACGUGUUUCUCUCUCAACCAACAUCACAUGGUCAUGCUCCACAACCUGAUCGUGUUCCAGCUAUCCAAUUAAAGAAUGAAAUUAAAGCUUGUGCUGCGACAACAGAUGAAUCAUCGAGCUCAAUUCUUCAUUCGGCCUUACGAACAUAUCCUCUAAGUGCCGCUGGUCAACUUCCAAGAAGUGACGCACUUACACUCACAGUUCGACGACAACGUACUGCUGAAACACUCGAUGCCAAUGGUCGUUUACCAGAAAAAUUAAGAAAGACAUAUCGUGAUGAAGAUUUUAUCUUGCACGACGACGAACAUUUAAUUAUCUUUACAACAAAAAACAAUUUAUCUAUUCUGAAGCAAAACAAAAAUUGGUUCGCUGAUGGAGCAUUAAAAGUGUGUCCGGAUAAUUAUUAUCAACUGUUUGCAUUACAUGCAAUGAUGACGAAUGCAAUUAUUCCUCUCGUCUAUGGAUUGUUAAUUGGUAAAAGCAGCGAUGAUUACAAUCAAUUCUUCGAAAAAUUAUUUGAACAAGACAAUUUUCAACCUGAAUCAAUUAUGACUGAUUUCGAAACUGGUACAAUCAAAUCAGUCAAAGAGAUGUUACCAAAUGUUUUACACAAAGGAUGUCUCUUUCAUUUUUCACAAGCAGUAUGGCGACAUGUUCAAAACAAAGGAUUGGCAACCAACUAUAGAGAAGAUGAGUCUUUUUGUUUAAAUAUAAAAAAAUUAAUUGCUCUUGCUUUUGUUCCAGUAGAUGAAGUUACAACUGCGUUUGACUUAAUUGCCGAUCAAUUCGACGAUGACACCGACGAUUUACUCGAUUAUUUCGAAAAAACUUGGAUUGGUGAACCAAAACGAAGAGGAACUGGUCGGAAGAAACCUCAAUUUGAUCACAAAUUAUGGAAUAUUCACAAUCGUGUAAUCGCUGGUGUACCUCGAUCCAAUAAUUCAGUGGAAGGCUGGCACAAUGCAUUUGCCAAUCGCGCCUCAAUCAAUCAUCCAAACAUCGUGAAACUGGCAGACAAAAUUCGUCGUGAACAAUCAAAAUUCGAAGUGGACAUCGCAAAAAUUCUCCAAGGCCACGAUAUCAAAAGACGAAGAAAGCAUGUUAUCGAAGAUUGA